AUGCCACUUUCUGUGCACACGACAACUCAUCCACUCGCCUACAGGAUCGAAGCAAAUCUUACAAAACCAGUGGAUCAAUCAGUAUUUGGUCUGGUCUUCUAUGGUCGAGCAGAUCGAGUACGGAUACUCAACUGUUACCUCGAGCGUAAUCUUGUCGAACAAGGAGGCUGGCUUGAUGAGGUCCAUUUCGUGCGCAAUACUGAGAACGCGACCGAUUUGGCGUAUCUGGAUGAGCUGCUGAGGAAACAUUCAAGGUACAAGAUUAUCGAUAUUAACAGUACUCUCGCAUCGGAAGUCAACGAUAGGUAUAAGGCAGCUUGGAGGCAGCUGCAGAGGGACACUAUUUACGUCAAGAUCGACGACGAUGUCGUAUGGCUGGCUGAUGAUGCGAUCCCUCGCAUGGUAAGUCGUAAAUUCAACCAGGACGACUAUUUGGUCGUCUCGGCCAGUGUCAUAAAUUCGCCGUUGAUGAGCAAGGUGCACCUCGAUGCCGGAGCCUAUCAUCCAUACCUCCCAGCUCAUGCCACAUCUACUCCCAAAAAGGUAUUAGCACGUUUGACGAAAGGCAAAGCCUCUGGACGAACGAGUUGGCAGUAUAAUCAGUACCCUAUUUGGGAGGGGCCAAGCAAUUACACCUUGCACGAUGAUGACUCCUCCAACAGCUCUUUUCCAGUCUGGUUGCGUCUCCCCGAAGAGAACCUGAAUAAAACUCCAGCACAGGGCAUCGAGUACAAUUCCUGGGGUUCAAGCUGGUCAUCCUGGAGGAUCGCAGCACAAUCGCAUCUCUCACUCCUCGAAAACCUAUACCAUGGCAACACAUCAUUGUAUUUCAGUAACCUCGACGAAGAGGUCUGGUUCACUCAACCGGACCGCUUGUCGGUCAACGUCAUAGCAAUUUUUAGCAAUGACAUCCUGGACAAUAUGCCCGACGAUGCUUUUGAUGAUGAGGAGUGGCUGACUGUGACGCUGCCAGGACAGCAGGGAAAACGAGUUGGUGUUGAGACUCGUGCGCUUGCGGCUCAUUUUGCUUUCGGAGCACAGUCACAGGUUGAGUCGACGGAUAUUCUGGCUAGGUACCAGGAUCGUGCCAGGCAAAUGGCUUGUUUGAAAAUCUGA